AUGGAUGACCUGACGGUGAUCCAUAUGUUGCACAUUUCAUUGAGAGCCGGAUAUUUAUAUCAAGACUUUAUACUUCAUCCGCCGACGAGGUAUGUAGAAGCGCUUCGUCGAGUGGCGGAUUACGCCAAUGUCGGAGAGGCCAACGCUGUCAAACGGUCUCAGGAAGAAGGGAAGGACAAGUCGAAGCAUUGCGCUUAUCACCGAUGCAGUGGGCAUGAUACUGAAGAGUGUAUAACUUUGAAACAGUUGUUAGAAGACCUACUUCAAGCCGGUAAGCUGGACAAGUGCGUGGGAAAAAGAGAAGAGAACAAGAGAUCAACCGGGAAAAGAGAUCAUCGGCGUUCCGGUCGGUCUGAACGAUCGAACCAUGACCAGAGAGAUCUCGAUCCCAUGUCUGAAGGUCACCAAACGUCUAAGCCGACCAUCCACGUAAUAUUUGGAGGUUUGGAAGAUGCAUCUCAAGCCCGGGAGCCUUUCCCGUUCGCAGUUGUGGAAUCCCGCGAGACCGGUAAGCGGCAAAAGAUGGAACCAAUCACCUUUGCGUUAGAGGAUCAGCCCGAGGCCGGGGAUACGGGGAUGGAGGCUCUGGAAGUGACGAUUGAUAUCAUGGGAGUGGAUGUACAGAGGGUGAUGGUUGACACUGGGAGCAGCGUGAACGUCCUUUACCUGGACCUUUUUGAGAAGUUAAAGCUCGAUCGCCGAGAGUUGACUCCGGUCGGGGCGCCUUUGUCUAGAUUUACCGGGGACACUAUCCACCCCGAAGGAAAAAUUAUCCUCCCGGUUGAAUUGGGGACUCCUCCCAAGUAG